AUGGCUCCAGCACUGACGAGAAAGCGCAAAUCGGAGGAAUCCCCUGGCUUCGCGACCGACAGGACUCUGGUGAAGAAGAGAAAGGUAGACUUGACCGUCGCGCAAAAACAGGCACUCAUCGAUAAUUUGCAACUUGAGAUCACGGAACGCGCCCGGAGACUGAGAGCCCAAUAUAACAUACAAGCGCAGCAGCUUCGAUCACGCGUCGAGAUGCGCGUAAAUCGCAUUCCCACAGCCAUGAGGAAACUGAAAAUGGGCGACCUGAUGGCCAAGCACUCGGAACCCCAAAAGACGCGUACUCGAUCUCCGUAUGUUGCCAAACCUCCACCUGUACCCCUCAAGGACGGCGCCUCGCCAAAGCCUAUCCCACGCAAGCCUGUAUCCGGAAGUACUCAACGUGGCCAGAAACGCUUGAGUGAGACCAUAACUGGAAGUGAGGACAAGGAGAACUCAGUUGAGCCUACGGUCAUGCCUAAGAAGAAAGGGCGUGGCGCACCCGCGGCCGCAGCAGCUGAGGCAUCACGCAAUGUGCCAGGACAGGUUCUUUCGCCGGCUUCUACCAACGCGCGGGUUCUUCCACGGGCUGCCGAGAGGCCUGCUUCCCCGGCCAAGAGUAUGCUGUAUUCCUCGUCGUCUCCGGCCAAAUCCAUGAUUGCCCGGCCCGCCUCCCCGUCCAAGGCCAUGGGUACGAAAUCCUCCUCUAACCUAAUAACCAACAUGGUCCAAAAGGCUAAAUCAACUCGUGGAGCUACAGCAGGAACCCGAAAGGCAACCACCAGCUCGAGUACUACAGGAACCGCUUCGAGGUCCAAGAAACCAGCAGUGCCAUCCGCGUCCGCCACAGGAUCGACGCGUGGCAGGAGGAAGAUCAGCCAGACGAGUGAGUCGAGCGAGGCCAGUACCGGUACCGUGGUCAAGAAGACCACGGCAGCAUCAAGAGGGGGGACAACUACAGCAAAGAAUCCGCCGGCCGUGAAACGCUCCGUGAUGAAUACGAUCAAGUCAGCCACAACCAAGAAGGCGGCUCCCGUUACCAAAUCGACGACAGGAACCUCGACAGCGGGCAGGACAUUACGGAAGCGGCAAGCAGCAUAA